CCCCCCCCCCUCAAAAAGAGAAAAAAAUAAUAAGAUAACCAAAUAUUUGCAUUUAUUGGCUCAAAAUAUCCUUUUUACAUAAAUGUCAUUUUCAUACGCGUAUAAAACGAGUAGGAUGACAUUAUAUCUACCAGUCAUUUUCACAUUCUUCUCCAUCACAAACCAGUCAUGUCACCUCCCACACUAGACCAACUACACACUUACCAUGCCGACGAGAGGGUGAUAUUCUCUAAACUGGUCCUACAGUUUUCAAGAUCACCAUCUGAAUCACUCCUUGUCAUGGCUACAUGGUUUUGGCUUGAAAACUUUGGUUUUGAAGAAAUUUUCUCAACCAUCUUUGCUCUUCCAGAUCAACUCAUUGCAUCUUUUGCUAACGAAGCUGUUUCUUGCUUCCGAUGUAUCGAGUUCGCUCAUCCCCCAAAUGGCUUCGAUCAGAUCCCUCUCACUUCAAGAUAUUUACAAAAACACAUCUCACUUCCCAUGAUUUACAAACAUCGAUACACCGCCAUUGCUGGAAUCAAAACCUUUCUAACCACCAUUUGUUCUAGAAUUUUUUCCGACAUUCUUACACAAGUUCUUCCAUAUUCUUCCCCACCAUUUUCCGUCCCUGGAUUAAACGACUCUCUGAUCAUACCUGGCUUCCCGCAUCCAACUUUCGGAAAUAUCAACGUCAUGCGACCUGAUGUAGUUGAUGGGGCUAACACAUUCAACAGCAACAGCUCAUUCCUCUUCCCAAAGGGUCUUUGGGAGUGGAACGAUCACUGCAUGGAAAGUGAGAAUGACCGAACGAUGUUUAUAACGUUUUCUCGUGGCUUUCCUGUGUCGCAGGCCGAAGUUAAGGAGCUUUUCACCAACAGAUUUGGAGAAAAGUGUGUGGUAGGCGUUUACAUGCGAGGAGACUGCGUAAGUUCACCUAACAUAAUUGCGUGUAAUAAUGUUCAGCAACAACCACUGUUUGCAAAGCUGGUUUUGGACUCGGUUGUUACUGUGGAUCGCAUACUAGAAGGUGAGAAGAUCCAAAAGUUUCGGAUCAAUGGUAAACACAUUAGGGCUCGUAAAUACAACGAGAAGAAGGACAGACGUACUUGA